AUGGCCAAGAGAUCCUGCGAUUUCUGUGUUCAACGCAAGACCCGGUGCGACAAUGGCCGGCCGUGUCGCAAGUGCCUCGAGGCACAACCUCCGCUUGAGUGUACCUACUUGAAGCCGGUGCUGAAGCGCGGCCCAAAGACAUCGAAGCUUACCCAACGAUGCAACUGGAAAUGGAGAGUCGAUGCACAGAAACUGGCCUCUGGUCAAACCAACUCAGACUUGACGGGUGUCGGUGCUCAUGAUGCUUCAGUUUGUUUCAAGCCGGAAAGGCUGCCGUUGUCAACACUGCGGCCGGUCAUCGAGGCUUAUAGAUCUCGGAUGUAUCCCGUCUGGCCAGUCAUUCAUGUGGAGGAUUUCCUAAGAAGGCUUGAAGAGCUGGAAACCGGUGAAUCAUCAGAUUCCGAUGCUUACACCAUGGCAUUGGCACUCUGUUCGGCGACAAUGGCCCAGUUGAACCUCACGGCGGCGGGAGAUGCUCAACCCCACGUCACCAGCGAAUACCUGGAGAAGGAGUGCAACCGAUUCCGCAACCUGACAAACUAUAGGGAGCACCCAUCGAUCGAAGGGGCUCUCACAUCCUUCUUUCUCCAUGUCUACCACGCCAAGGCCGACAACAGGAACGCUUCUAUGGUCUACCUUCAGGAGGGCAUCUCCAUCGCCCGGCUCCUCCGCCUGGACCGUAUAGAAGUCGAGACCUGCCAAUUUUCACACGAUGGGCUUAAUGGCCACGAUCCCGUCACUUCUCAUAAGCGCCUUGUAUAUAUCCUCCUCUGGGUUAGCGAAAGAGGAUAUGCCAUUCAGCAUGACCUCCCCAUCUCCAUACUCGACACAGUCCAGAUUCCUACGGCCAACUUGGACGAUUUUGACAAGUACGGAAGAGGACUGAUUGAACUUGCCACGCUUUUUGCGGCUUUCGAUGCCUUCUUCCAUCGCACAGCCCGGUACAUGUACGAGUCCUAUCAAGCCCACUCGGAACAAGAGCGCCUCAUCGCAGUGCAGCGAUCCCUAGAGACAAUUGCUCCGAAGGCUUCAGAGUGCGAUCUCGUGCAAAGAGCAGACUAUAACAUUACCAAGCACUGGAUGCGCAUUUUGAUAUGGCAGCAGGCCAUGUCUCGAAGUUUGCUUUCAUCCUGUGCGAACGACGAUUCUAUGACCUUUCUCUUUCCGUCUCAGAUAGCGCAAGACUUCCUGGCUUCCAUUACCAUUAAUUCAAAGGAGCACUUGGUUUCUUUGGGGAGAGACCAGCUGAUUAAAUCCUUUGAAAUCACCAACACGCUGGCAGAUGUCAUAUUAUGCACCACGAGUGCCUACAACAGCCCCCCUAUCCAGGAUUUCUACAACUCUCGUCGCAGUUCUUAUUUUACCACACGAGAAUACUUGGAAUGCGGCCCAGCAGAUUUCUUACACGCAAUGUAUCAAACAAUCUCCCCGUUUCUCGCAUACGACAAAAGACUGAAUGAUAUGAUACGGCUCAAGGCAGCAGACGCACUGCUGCGCUCACCAAGCAGGAUUAUUCCAAGGGGUGUUGAUGGAGGAUCGGAGAAGGUGGCAGUACAGACACAAGAGGAUGAGAUAGAUGAAAUCCUCUGCCAAGAUGCUUGGAAUACUGACCUGGACGGGUUGGAUCUGGGAGUGGACAUUUUAGGGGAGGCAGAGGUGGCUGAAGUUGGCUCUGCUCAGCAGUUAUCGGAUACCCUGUAA